CAUGGAGACCACAGAGAUUACAGAAGUUAGUCCUAGGAGACCCCCAUCAUGAAAUACAUCCUGGUGACCGGAGGCGUGAUAUCGGGGAUUGGCAAGGGUGUCAUUGCGUCGAGCGUUGGCACCAUCCUCAAGCACUGCGGCCUGAGGGUCACUUCCAUCAAGAUCGACCCUUACAUCAACAUCGACGCCGGAACCUUCUCCCCUUACGAGCACGGUGAGGUGUUUGUGCUGGAUGACGGUGGAGAGGUGGAUCUCGACCUGGGCAAUUAUGAGCGGUUCCUCGACGUCACACUCCACCGUGACAACAACAUAACCACAGGCAAGAUCUACCAGUCGGUCAUCAACAAAGAGAGACGUGGGGACUACCUGGGGAAGACUGUUCAGGUGGUGCCACACAUCACAGACGCAAUUCAGGAGUGGGUAGAGACAGUGGCGCACCGGCCAGUGGACGGGGACCAUGCGGAUCCUGAGGUUUGCAUUAUCGAGCUGGGAGGCACCAUUGGAGACAUUGAGGGUAUGCCCUUCGUUGAGGCCUUCAGGCAGUUCCAGUUUAGAGUGAAGAGAGAGAACAUAUGUGUGGUUCACGUGUCCCUGGUGCCGCAGCCAUCCUCAACCGGAGAGCACAAGACCAAACCAACUCAAGCCAGUGUAAGGGAGCUGCGUGGACUGGGUUUGUCUCCUGACUUUAUUGUGUGCCGCUCAGAGAAGCCCAUUGACCAGUCCGUCAAGCAUAAGAUCUCCAACUUCUGUCAUGUGUCUCCAGAGCAGGUUAUUUGUUUGCAUGAUGCCUCAAGCAUUUAUGCAGUGCCAUUGAUGUUAGAGGAGCAACAGGUGUCGCAUCUUCUCAGCGAUCGUCUCAGCCUCAACUUGAACACACAUCGCCCCAGGAACUUCAUGAAGAAAUGGCGUGAUCUCUCAACCAAGCAUGAGCAUCUGCGAUACAGUGUCACCAUUGUGCUGGUUGGAAAGUAUACACAACUGGAGGAUUCAUACGCCUCGGUGAUCAAGGCCCUGCAGCACGCAGCCCUUGCAUGCAACCGCAAACUGGAUCUGAAGUGCAUGGAGGCUGAGGACCUAGAGGAGGAGGCCAAGGCAAACCGGCCUGUCAAGUACUAUGAAGCAUGGCAGAAUGUGUGCAAGGCAAAUGGUAUUAUUGUUCCUGGAGGCUUUGGUCAGCGUGGAAUGGAAGGAAAGGUCGCUGUGUGUAAAUGGGCCAGGACAAUGAAGAAACCGCUGUUGGGCGUAUGCCUAGGCUUACAAGCUGCAGUCAUUGAAUAUUCAAGAAAUGUACUGGGCUGGACAGAUGCCAACAGCCAGGAGAUGUUUCCAGAGGGAACACGACAUGUGAUUGUGGAGAUGCCUGAGCACAACCCAGGCCAGCUUGGGGGCACCAUGAGGCUGGGCAAGAGGCAGACUGUGUUCAAAUCGCAUGACUCAAAGCUCCGUCAGCUAUAUGGCAACGUGGACUUUGUUGAGGAGAGGCACCGACACAGAUUUGAAGUGAAUCCAAAAUUUGUUGCCGACUUAGAGGCAGCUGGAAUGAAGUUUGUAGGCCAUGAUGUUGAUGGAGAAAGGAUGGAAAUUAUGGAGUUGGCAGAUCACCCUUACUAUGUGGCUUGUCAGUACCAUCCAGAGUACCUCACUAGACCGUUGAAGCCAUCCCCCCCAUACCUGGGUCUAAUCCUGGCAUCUAGUGGCAAGUUGGAGCAGUACUUGUCCCGCGGAUGUCGAAUGAGCCCCACCGAUUCUCCCGAGUCCUCUGACGAGGAGCUGCCCAUGCCUCCCCACCUGCUGGUACACCAAACAGACAAGCCUAGCAUGUCACCUGCUUCUCGCACCACUCCUCCCCCCACACUCCAGGAAGUGCCUACCUCGGCCCCCAACAACUCCUCCCCGGCGGAGAAGAGCAAUCUUGAAGAAAGUAAAAAGAGCCUUUAAUAGUACGGCUGGUCUAGGACGUUUCAUUAGCUGAGGUGUUGUAGUGUUUAACACUUAGGUUUUUUAAAUUAAUAUUAUGAUUUAUUAUUUUUAGUUUUUUUUUUUGUAUUCCUUUUUCGUUUUUGUGUUCAUUUUCCGUUUUUCUAUUCUAAUAGUCAUAUUUUGUUUUAAACAUCAGUAUUACUAUAUGUGCAGUUCCCCUAUGGUUCAUGUUCAGAGUGCGUUUGUUUGUAAGUUUUACACAAACACCUAUAUAAGGUCUAUAGUUUAUAUGUGGUGCAUUAUGGAAAAGCCUAUUAUUCACAUUUAUGAUAUACAGUAUAGAUAUAUAUAAUCCCAUAGUGUUCAUAUUCAAAAUAUUGAGGAUAGGAGAUAACUUUGUAUAUUUUGUGCUAGCCAUAUCAUCCCUCCCCUUCCAGAGACAUAAAACUAUAUUUAAUGUGUUUGUCACACCCUCCAGAAAUGUAAAACUAUAUAUGAUGUGUUUUUCACAAUGAUCCUUUGUAAAUGAUCAUUAUAUUUAUUGGCAAGUAAACCAUAUUGAGCAUGCAUGUGUGUAAGGAAGAUAGAUAUUCUUUAUAUUUCAAGCUUUAUUUUUUUUCUUCUUUCCCACUUUCUUUCUUUCUUUCUUUCUUACUUCAGUGUGUGAGAAAAGAUGAUACAAACAGAGUUAAGAUAUCUAGAAAAUUAUCUCAUGAUUGUCUAAGUAUGUAACGUUACUUGGAAGGAAAAAGUAGUCUAAGAAAUCGCUCAUUCAUUCAUCUAUCAUGACCAUUGUGAGUCAAAAGAAAAUUGUAAAGGCAUGAUUGAAAAAAGAUGCGGUGUUUUCACUUGCUUAGUCCAGCAUGGUGUGUGAUGAUGUAAUGUAAUGUUGUGUAUCUUCCUUCAUGUGCCAUAUAUUAAAGUAGAUAGCAAUGGUUGGUGCAAUACGAAAAUGGAUGGAAAGUUUACAUGCUUGAGCGAAGAAUCAGGUGUUGAUUUGUUGGUUGCUAGUGAUACUUUGGCAACCAGGCGAUGUUUUUGGUGAUUGUGAUAAUUUUUUUUUGUGCAUGUAGGCUUUGGUUUGUGUUUUUAAAGGGAAAUAUAUAUUUUUUAUUGUUUUUUCCAUUCCCUUGAGUUGGUAGAAAAUGAAAAUUUUGUAUUCAUAGAAAAGUAAUGUAUACCCUUUUUAUUUUGUUUUGGAAAAUUAAUGGGAAAAGAAGAUAUAUGUUCCUUCUCCAUUUAUAGAGACUUUCUGAAGCUUAUUAUAUAUUCACUUUUGAUUAUAAUUUAGGUGCGAUGAUCUAAUUAAUUCACUUCUUUAGCACUUACCAAGCACAAUGAUGAAAUUAAUGCUCAUUUUUCAUGCAUUUAUUAAAAAAAAGAAAGUAUCAGUGUAGCACGAACCAGAAAAAAAACAUAUAUUUUUAGCAUUUCAUGUGAUGUAUGCAAUCUCUAAUAACCAGACAAAUCAGAUGUGUAUAACCUUUCAAUGUAAAGCAUUUAUUGAACGAUGUAUAGAUGUGUAUCUCAUAUUCCAUGUCCUUAAUACCCUUAUAUAUCAGCCAAGUACCUUUUGUUUCGGAGCCAAGAUGUGCAUUAGCUUAAUUUGUUGUAUAUUUGAAUUACAUUUAGAAGAUUUUUUAUCAUUUGUUUUCGUUUGAUUUUUUAUCAUUUGUUUUCAGUUGAUUUUUUUUUUUUUUUUUUUUUUUUUUUUUUUUUUUUUUUUUUUUUUUUCAUAUUUUAUGAUAUACCUGGUGUAUAUGCAUAGUGUAGUGAUAAUUCACCUUUAUUACAGUUUCCAUUUUGGGUAGAGUAUAUCUCAUUAUUUUACAGUAGUGAAGGAAACACAGAUUUGUAUCUCAAACACUGAAUGAUAUAUAUCCUCCAAGUUGAAUGAACCUGAACAAAGUGAAAACCUAUUUAAGAAUUAAUGAUAUUUGAUACUAUAGUUUAUGUACAAACAGUUGGUGUGGCCCAUACCAAUGAGUUGAGUUAGCCUUUUAUAAUAUAUUUCCGGUGAAUUUUCGAUGCAGGUUUGACAGACCGGACAGAGUCGUGCAUAUCAGUAUUAAGUUUUUCUUUUUUUCGGUGAAAUGAUAUUCUGUAUGCAUUCAUGGCAAUCUCAUUUUUAUGUAAGAUGGGAUUUAGGUCGUUAGAUUUAUAUGGUUUUGAUUAAAUCAGAUGUUGGUAGUUAUGGAUGCAAAUUUAAUUCUAAUUGUUUAAUUCCAUUAAAGAUGUUUGGUUUUAAAUGUACUUCACGCCAUAGUCAAUUAUUCCUCUGUUACAGAUUUAGAUUGGUGAUGAAGUAGCCAUAGUAUAUUUUCUCACUUUAGUAUGGGAAACACAGGCAACAACUUUCUUGCUUUUUCUUCCUUGAAAGUGACUCUAGAAAGCUCCUUAUGAUGUUUAUGCUCUCUAGUAAUUCUAAAAAAGCUAGAAAUAGUAUAUGAUAAAAGAGAAGAAAAAGACUUUUUUCUACAUAGUAAUAUUUUAUCCAAUUGAAUGCCUAGUUUUUUAUAGGCUGGGUUUGAAUUUAACAUAUCAAUUUUUAUUCUUAAUCAGUAAAUACUCGUAAAUGGCAGAACGAAGGGAGUACAAGCAAGAAAUUUUGUAAAAGUUUUCUCGACAAAAUGUUCGUUAGUUAAAACCACUUGUACCUUUUUAUUGUAUAUUUUGAGCUGUAUGAAACCGAUUCUCAGAGUUGAUAUUGUUUAGAUUUGAUAUAUUUUGUCAUUAGUUAAAUGGGUGCCAUAUUUAUUGUUAAGGUUAAGAAUGGAAUUUCUUAAAAGUAAACCUUUUUUGUUCGCAAUUGUUUCCAGUUAAAGAAAGAAAUACAGAAGUU